UAACCGUUGAUUCUGACUCUGAAUAUGAUUCCAACGCGCUCGAAACAGCGAGCACCGUCGGUGGUGGUAGUAGUAGUUUCAAUAGUUUUGAUGACUACAACAGUGAAUUGGGUUUGUCUGAAAGAAGUGAGGGUUUUUUUGAGUGGUAAUGAGGAGUUCGAUAAUGUUUCUGAAAGGGAGGGGCCUUUGGGUGAGGACCCAAGGAGGGAAAUUUCGUUGGGGGGUGGGGAUGGUGGUGGGGUUAGUCAAAGUUACAAAAUUUAUGUCGAUGAUGAUGAUGAGGAGGAUGGUUCUAAGUCAAACCGGGUUGUUGUUCCUAUUGCUCAGUUGUCGAUGGAUGAUGAAGUGUCUGAUGAAAUGUCGAGUGUGGAUGAAACGGUGGCCGGAGUUGAAGAGGGUGAGUUCUCUGGUGUGGUUAAGGUUGCUGGUGGUGUUGAAAGUUCACCUAGAUUAAAGGUGGCUUCGGGGGUUGAAGACGAGGAGGUGUUGGAGGAUUUUGUAGGUGAAGAUAAGGGGUCUGAUUUUGAAGUGUUUGAUGAAAUGUCGAGUGAGGAUGAAACGGUGGGCGGAGUUGAAGAUGGUGGGUUCUCUGGUGUGGUUAACGUUGCUGGUAGUGUUGAAAGUUCACCUAGAUUAAAGGUGGCCUCGGGGUUGAAGACGAGGAGGUGUUGGAGGAUUUUGUAGGUGAAGAUAAGGGGUCUGGUUUGGAAAGGACCCAAAAAGAUGUAUUGGUUGAAAUUUCCAAAUUGGAAGAGGAUGAUAAGCCUUCUGCUGAUUCAAGCACUGAAACGGAAAAUCCGGGUGAGGAGACGGUCGAAUCGCAAGGUGAUGGUUUGGAGGAAAAUGGUUCUGUUAUGGUCAAUGGUCCCAAUCUUGAUUCUCAACCUGUGGUUAUCUCAGAGGUUGAAAAGGGUGGUUUGGAGAAUUUUGGAGGUGAAGAUAACGGGCCUAAUUUGGAAGGGAUCC